AUGGCCUCAUUAGAUAAAUCAUUCGUAGAAAAUAGUGCAUGGAAAGCUGAUCUUUUCAAAGGAAAAGUGAUAUUCGUAACUGGAGGGGCUGGAACAAUUUGUCGUGUUCAAACCGAAGCCAUGGUCUUGUUAGGUGCUAAUGCUGCUAUUAUAGGUAGAAACCCAGAGAAAACAACAAAGGCAGCUAAAGAGAUUGAGCAAUUGAGACCGGGGGCAAAGGUUUUAGGUGUCGGAAAUGUUGAUGUUAGAGAUAUCAACAGUAUCGUCGGCGCAGUUGAGAAGACAGUCAAUGAAUUGGGUAGAAUUGAUUUUGUCAUUGCCGGAGCUGCUGGUAAUUUUAUUGCCGAUUUCAAUCAUUUGUCAUCUAAUGCGUUUAAGUCUGUUAUAUCUAUUGAUUUGUUAGGAUCUUUUAAUACUGUCAAAGCUUGUUUUGAUCAAUUGAGAAAAAACAAAGGGUCCAUUAUAUUCGUCAGUGCCACAUUACAUUACUAUGGUGUUCCUUUCCAAUCACAUGUCGGAGCAGCUAAGGCAGGUGUUGAUGCGUUAUCCAACGCAUUGGCUGUGGAACUAGGCCCAAUUGGUAUUCGCUCUAAUUGUAUUGCCCCAGGUCUCAUUGAUGGCACCGAGGGCUUCGCUAGAUUAGCUCCUCCAGGUGGUCCUCCUUUGGAAAAGAAGGUUCCUUUACAAAGAUUAGGUACUGCUAGAGACAUUGCUGAGUCCACCGUAUAUUUAUUCUCCCCUGCUGCAAGUUACGUAACAGGAACGAUUCAGGUUGUAGAUGGUGCUGCAUGGCAUAUUGGUCUGUACAUGGGUGAUUUAUACCCAAGUGUUGUCAAGCAACAAAACAGCGAUCCAAACUCAAAGUUAUGA